UAGACCCCGCGUCGAGGUGCACGCAGUGCAAGGUAAAGUAGUAGCUCAGGUAGCUUGCACAGCUUCUCUUCUUCACCGCACUGUCUCAGAUCCCACCUCUGCAUUCCAAUCUACAUGGACGACAUCCAUGCACCGACCGUUUACUCGGGGCCCACCUCCGGUGGCUACUCCAACGGCAUCUCCAAGGACCAGUUGUCGUUGCGGGAGCUCAUGGCUGAAAAGGAUCGAGUAGAGGCCGAGCUCAAAGCGCUAGGAAAGGUGCUUGAUUCGCACGGUGUCAACAUGACCACUUCCCUCACUACAUUCGACGGCUUCCCGCGAAGUGAUAUCGACGUUGCGCAAAUUCGGACCACUAGAGCGCGGAUAAUACGACUGAAAAACGACUACAAGGACUUGAUGUCGCGCAUCGAAGUUGGCCUCCACGAGCACCACGCCCGCCUUCAGGCAGCGGAGGCGCAAAACACCGCUACGGCCAUACCUACAUCGACCAGCAGCACCUCGGCCGCUUCCUUAGAGCCCCCCUUCGCCAAAGUCAACAGCGUUAUAUCUGGUAGCCCUGCUGACUCGGCAGGGCUCAGAGUGGGCGAUACGAUAACCAAGUUUGGUUGGGUGGAUUGGACGAACCAUAACAACCUUGCCAGAGUGGCCGAAGCUGUUGCGCAGAACGAAGGCCUCCCCAUCACCAUCAAGGUCUUGCGACCCAGCACCACCGGUGGGUCAGCCCAACCCCUACAAAUGCAGCUGACACCGAGACGCAAUUGGGGAGGCCGAGGCUUACUGGGUUGCCAUCUGCUUCCAUUGUAGUCGACCAGGGUCGGGCGUUGUUAAUCGAACAGCAAAGUCGUUUGCUGCGUUGGCGUGCAUGGAAUGGAGCAACAGGUUUCUGAUGACAAAAGGCAUGAUAUCCAGGCGUUACGGGCUGAUUUCUAGAGUCGGCUCCUUUAUUCAAAUGUUGGGCUCGCAUGGAUUGGAAAAUUGUCUCCGUCGUGUCGCUGAA